UUGACGUUAGUCAUACGUAUCAUACGAUGUAAAUAAAAUUAUAAGGCAACAAAAACUAUUAAUAUGAAUAUGGAAAACAAUAAUUAUAAGUUAUGGUAAAACAGAAAAAGUAACAUAUUUCUUAAUUCAAACAAAAACACCAAUUUUAGACUUCGAAGUAUUUAAAGAUGUUCCGCUCAGCAUCUGAUAUAGUUAGAAUUAAUCGUAGGGAAUCAAUUAGCAUAAAUGGAGAUGAAUUAUACGGCUGUGAAUUCUGUUCUGAGGGCGGUUGGUCCAGCGAAACUGAGGUCGAAAUUCACAAAAGUGCGAAACACAAGAAAGAAUUAAAAAGCAUUUUGAAUGAAGCAGAUUAUGUAUGCGGCAUUUGCAUCAAAGAGUUUGAUAAUGGUGAUGAGUUGCUGAAACACAUUAAAACUGAUCACUUGUAUAGCUCGGAAAAUGCUUAUCGAGUCGAACGAGAAAUAUUUGUCUGUGACGACUGCUGUCAGUUAUUCUUCAACAAGUUACACCUCAUCGUACACAUAAAACAGUACCAUGGGAGUGACAAUUACAAAACAGAGAUCAUAGAGUGUCCACAGUGUCACGACAAAUUCAAACGUAAACAGAUUUGGUUACACACGCACACACAUAACAUUCAGAGUAUAUCAUCGUGCCGUCUUUGUUUUAUAAAGUUGCCUAACAGACGAGAGUUGAAGGAACAUUUAAAUAGACACGGCCAUUAUUUUAAAUGUGAUAUGUGUGGUUACAAUUCUAAAAAAUCAUACCUCUUCAAUCAACAUAUAAAAGAUAAUCAUAAGAAGAAAAACAACGAUGUUAAAAAGUUUAAGAAAGUUAAGAAAUACUUUAUACCACGAGAAGAUGUAUUAGAAGGCAAGGGUCAGAUCUUAAUGAUAUUCCGUGGUGUGUAUUUGAGUAACUUAGUUAAAAUAUGUGUUAUGUGUCGAGAAAUAUGUGUUGGUUACCGACAAAUGAGUGAUCAUAUAACACAUGAUCACAACACUAGUAUAGAAAUGGUUAAGCAUGAGUAUCGUUGUGGGUGUGGGGAGGUUUUCAACAAUAAAGUGCUAUUGAAACAUCAUGUGUUCAAAAUGAAAGGAGAUCACAGUAUUCAAAAAGCUGGUGAUGAAUAAACUAUAUAAUUUGCUAUUUGACAAUGCGAAAAAUGAAGUGUCAA